AGGGCUACAUUCAAAUCCUGUGAACUUCAGCAACCUAAUUAUUUGUAUUAUCUUGGGGAAACAGAUAAUAAUAGUAAUAAUAAUAAAAAUAGAGAGAAAGUGAGAAAAAAAUAGAAAUCAAUAUCAGCAAUAAAUACUAAAAUAAAAAUAAUAGGGGUUAAAGGCAUAGAGAAUAUGGAGAUAGAGAAGGUUUACGUAAGUGUAUUCAGGGAAAGCCCCUGUGACGAGACAAUGCUGGAACCUGAAGGAACUGUAGAGGUGAGCUUUGUGCUUUUAUGAGAAGAGCAUUUCAAGGAGAAUGGAAAACAAGUACAAAGUGCCCGACCUACCAAAUGGGAUUUAUCGCAGGGGAGGACUAUUACAAAACAGCCAGGUAGUUCUAAGAAUCCAGGUGCUGACAGCAAGCACUGGGUACUUGGCAACUUGGCAAACCUCUGGCAGAGAUUCUCCACCCCAUCACAAUGCACGCAUAGCACAGAAAGAAGAACUACAUGGGGUCUCUAGACAGCUGGACUUGGGAAGCCAUAGAAGGCUCCACUGCUCGAGCCAUGGAAGAGCAUGGAAAUUGCUAGAGGACUGGACUCAAAAGGGCUUUCGUCAGAGACAAGGAAUAUUCAGCAAUGACCCACCUGGGUCAGCAACUGAGGACUCUACAGGAUCAGAGAUGACCAGACCACCAGAGUAGCUCAACCACCAGAACAAGAAGGUAGUGUGGAGGGACUCCAGCAUAAACAGAGGAUGGCAACCCAGGACCAGAACCUGAUUUCAAACGGAUCAUAACAAAGAGGAGAUCAAAUUUAGCAUGGUGGACUGCUCGACAGGAUAUAUUUGUCAAUGGAAUGUUUCCACAUAUUAUACCACCAACAUGAGAAAAAAAUGAUCAUUGUUUAUUUGAAGCUUGAUGAUAUUCUAAGGCUGCCUUUUCUCUUCUCAUUUUAGAGAAAAAUGAGCAGGCGGAAUUGUUGGAUUUGUAAGGUGUUCAGAGAUGAAUCUAAGAGGCCCCCUUCAAACCUUACUUUGGAGGAAGUGUUACAGUGGGCCCAGUCUUUUGAAAAUUUAAUGGCUACAAAAUAUGGUCCAGUAGUCUAUGCAGCAUAUUUAAAAAUGGAGCACAGUGACGAAAAUAUUCAAUUCUGGAUGGCCUGUGAAACCUAUAAGAAGAUUGCCUCGCGGUGGAGCAGAACUUCUAGGGCAAAGAAGCUCUAUAAGAUUUACAUCCAGCCACAGUCCCCUAGAGAGAUUAACAUUGACAAUUCGACAAGACAGACUAUCAUCAAGAACAUUCAGGAACCCACUGAAACAUGUUUUGAAGAAGCUCAGAAAAUAGUCUAUAUGCAUAUGGAAAGGGAUUCCUAUCCCAGAUUUCUAAAGUCAGAAAUGUACCAAAAACUUUUGAAAACUAUGCAGUCCAAUAACAGUUUCUGACUAUAACUCAAACAUGUACAUAGAAAAUGGUAUAUUGAAAGUAGUGGGUUUGAUCUUUUUAUUUAGAAACCCACAAAAUCAGGAACACAGUAUAAAUAAAACAGAAAUCAAACUCUAAAUUGAUUUUUAGUUCCUAAAAAGAAACAUAUCUCAAAAGCAAUGGAAUCUAGAAUUCUUAUAACAUGAAUAACAACAUUUACAGCAUACCUAUGUAGUUCAACUAAUAUAUAAGGAAAAGGAAGGUUUUUCUUCAUGACACAAGCGUUAUAAAAUUUUUACUGUAGUAGUCAAUUAAUGGAUAUUUCCUUGUUAAUAAAAUUUGGUGUCAUAAUUUACAAAUUAGUUCUUUAAAAAUUGUUGUUCUAUGAAUUGUGUUUCUAGCAUAAAUAUGUUCUAUAGAGUACUCUAAAUAACUUGAAUUUAUAGACGAAUGCUACUCACAGUACAAUCAAUUGUAUUAUACCACGAGAAAAUCAAAAAGAUGUUCUUCAGAGACAUUUUAUCUGUAAAAUUUUCCUACUAUUAUGUUCAUAAACAAACUUCUUUAUCACAUGAAUCUUCUACAUGUAAAAUAUUUCUGAUGAUUCCAAGCUGUUAAAAAAAUAUCAAUUUCUUAAUUUGCUCUUGCAUUUACAUUGCUAUAAGGAUAUAAAAUGUGGUUUCUAUAUUUUGAGAUGUUUUUCCUUACAAUGUGAACUCAUCAUGGUCUUGGAAAUCAAUAAAGCCAAAUGUCAACUAAA